AGCAUCUAACUUCUGAAAUACCUAAGCUUAUUUCCAAUCUGUAGCAGUACAGAUUUUUUUAAAUUUAAAUUUUGUUUGAAAAGAACGGUAUUUGCUCGGUAUUUUUCGGUAUCCACGGUUACCGCAUUUCUCGCCGCCCCUUGGUAAUUUUCUGGGAUUCGGUAGCCAAAACCUUGACCCUGCUUGAAACAAGAAAGUAACUUCCGUGAUGAGCAUUUCCUUUAAACAUGUUAUUCUCUUCCUGUUAUAUCCAUCUAUCAACAUCUCUAUGAUGGAAAGAUCAGUAUUACAUUCAAGCCCUAGCACUGGUACUAGUGGUAAGCACAGGUGGGCCGUUGCACACCCAGAAUUCUAAGAAAUUUUCUUUUAUCAUGUGAUAUUUUGCAUAUUUUGAGGCCCAAAUUCAGCAUCCCAUCGAGCUAAGCCCAGCAAGGUAGCAACCCGCUCUCAGCACUUGCUCUCCUAUCGACAGAGAGGUACGCGAGACCUAACGCCGCGACUGUGUCAUCUCCCAGCACGCAGCCAGCGCCGCUCCCCUCCCCUCCCUUGACCAUCGCUGCUCCCCUCCCCUCCCCUCCCUUGGACAUCGCCCACUACCCCGCUCGGUCGCUUCGGUUCCAGACGUCGCUGGUAGGCCGCACGCUCCCCUUUGGCCCACUAACCCCUCGCCGCCUGGCCCCCACUCCUUUGUCUUGUGCCCCGUCGGCCGUUGCCGAGACGCCGACACCAGCUAGCCCGCUCUCAUCACGGUGCCUGCCGGCCACACGCCCCCCUCCCCUCAUCGGCUCACCUCCAAUCUGCUGGGCGUCCUCAGUCCGCACCAUCGCUCCCUUCGUCGCGACACUAGACAGGCACCGUUGACCUGCCACAGCAAGUUAGCAAGGUCCUUCUCAUUGGUUAGCGGUCUAGUAACUUCUGCUUCGACAUCAUGGGCAAUGAGGCCUGGCCCGUUCCUCAUUCUGCCCCCGACCUGACCUAGCCGCCAGUCGCGAGAGCCGCUCCGCCCGCCGUCCGUCGUCCUGCUCCACUGCGUUUCCCCCCAUCCUCCGCCUUCCAUUGCUGGCCCAAGGUAAGGUGUUGUGUGGGAUUCACAAGGGGAUUUGAGUGGGAGGGGCUGGAUUGAGGAAGGGGUGUGAUGGAUCUGAAAAGGAUCGAUGCAACGUCAAUGCAUGAUUCUAAUCAAUCCAGUGUGACAAACCUAACCUAUGUAUGUGAGAUAAUGAUAUGAAGCCAGUCAUUGGUCGCAUAUCUCCUUCGGCCCGUACAAGUCUAUGGGAUGGUGUGAUCCAACUUCAGAGAUUCACGGUGUUUGUGCUCGCCUUUUUUAUAAGUGGGGAAAAAAUUCAAGAUAUUGUCUGGCCGAAAACCAUAGAAAUCAAAGGAAGAGUGAAAUGGGGGGAUUUUAAAAAAUUCCUCAAGGAUCUUCGUCACUCUCAAAACCGGUCGAUAAUGGUAAUUUCUCUGUGCUUGAAUGUUGAGUCUUCGAAAGAUGGCUUAGAGGGAGUGAAGGAGGUUGCAAAGAUAUUAAAAGUGAACAAAAGAAUCGGUUUAGCAAAAAUAGAAGAUGAUACAUGUAUUUAUGUAUGUCCCGGGCAGAAGGAGAUAAUAACAGUCCUUCAAAAAUAUGGUUUCUGGAAAGGUGCGUCAACAGUCGAUACAAACCAAGACUCAUUAAUCGGUUUUGUUGUACGGGACCGAAAAUCACCGGUAAACACAAGCAACGGAGAGAUAAGUAUUGACAAAAUACAAGAAAUUGGGGGCACUCGUAUGGAAGCACAAGAAGUGAUAUAUGACCAACGAUCAUUGCUUGUUCAUCCUCCUCAUGUACCAGUAGAUGAUGGCUUAUAUUUUCGGCGUCCUCCUCUGGUACUGGCAGCGCAAGGCUCAUAUUGUCCAUAUCCUCCUCCUGGACUACUAGGUCACAACUUCCAUGCUCGGCAUCCUGCUCCUGGACUACCAGGUCAAGGGUUACAUCCUCGACAUCCUCCUCAUGCUCCAGAUUGUCAAGGUGUCUUUCAUUGGCAUCCUCCUUGUGCAAGAGGUCAAGGCUUCAUUUCCCAUCGACCUCCUAGUUUUGUGCCAGAAUAUUUCAGGCCCUUAACAGAUCAUGGAAACAACAAUAAUGGUUCACAACACUUGAGGCCACCUAGCGGUUCUGUUCCUGGUCGUGUGUGGCCUCCCAUGUCGCACCCGAGGCCCGGUAACGAUCGUUAUGAUUCUGUAAGAUCGCAGGGCUUCUCUGGCUCUAGCUCCACAUAUUACUCUAGAUUCAGAAAUGGGUCAGGUAGUAUGCCUCCCAACUAAAGUCAUUGAUGAAAGCGUAGCCUUGUCCCAAACAGCAUUCAGAAUGAUUUAUCUUAGAUUGGUGUAUUCAGAAUUACAAGCCAGACACCAGACAUGGAUUCUUGUUUCUAUUUCCAUUUGGACCAGUUACUCGCAAUAUCUGCAGAACAGAAUUCUUGAUGUGUACAAUGCUGCACUGUUAUGUUCCAACCGGUAUUGCUACAUGUAUCUUUAGAUUUGGUGCUAAAUGAUGUUAUUAUGUACUCCAA